CAGGCUCGCUGUAUAAAAGCGGCUGCGCUUCACCACAGACGGAGCACGACAAGUGUUCACGGCGGCUCAUCGGUCCAAAGACGCAGGACGCCAACAUGCAGGCCACGAGGAAGGCGAUCUGCUGGAGACUUUUUCUAUGUUGCUGCCUGUUCCUGGAGACCUCCUCUCAGGACUUUGGCGGACAGACGCAGUUCAUUUGCACGUCCGUGCCAAAGGAUAUGGACAUUUGCGCGGCCACCCUGCAGAACAGCGUGCCGGGCGGCGACUUGAAGACCACGGUGCUGCAGCUGCGGGAGACGGUUUUGCAGCAGAAGGAGACGAUCAUGAACCAGAAGGAGACGAUCAGAGAACUCACCUCAAAGUUGGCCCGGUGCGAGAGCCAGAGCGGCGCCGAGCCCGGGGACGCGCGGCCCGGGGCCAGGAGGAAAGAAGCGGGGGCCAAAAACACGAUGGGGGACGUAUCGAGGGGCCCCGCGGACACUUUGACGCAACUAUCGCAGACUUUACAGUCGCUGAAGCAGAGACUAGAGAACCUGGAGCAAUUCAGCAGAAGUAACAACUCGGUGCAGGCGAACAGCCUCAAAGACCUGCUCCAGAGCAAAAUUGAUGACCUGGAGAAGCAGGUGCUGUCCCGGGUGAACAGCAUUGAGGAGAGCAAACCCGGGCUCCGGAAUGAGACCGAGCAGCGUGGGAGAGUCGAGUCCACCCUCACGUCUCUACACCAGAGGAUCACAGACCUGGAGAAAGGUCAAAGAGAAAACAGGCCCCUGGAUAAAUUCCAGCUCACGUUCCCACUGAGAACCAACUACAUGUACGCAAAAGUGAAGAAGAGUUUGCCAGAGAUGUACGCCCUCACCGUGUGCAUGUGGCUCAAGUCCAACGCCUCUCCUGGAGUGGGCACACCUUUCUCCUAUGCAGUUCCAGGUCAAGCCAACGAGCUGGUCCUCAUAGAGUGGGGCAACAACCCAAUGGAGAUACUGAUAAAUGACAAGGUUGCAAAGCUGCCGUUUCUCAUCAAUGAUGGAAAGUGGCAUCACAUCUGUGUGACCUGGACAACUCGCGACGGUGUCUGGGAAGCUUUCCAAGACGGCGUCAAGAGAGGGAGUGGAGAGAACCUGGCUCCAUAUCAUCCCAUCAAACCUCAAGGCCUGCUGAUCCUCGGCCAAGAGCAGGACACACUCGGAGGAGGGUUUGAUGCCACACAAGCUUUUGUUGGAGACCUGGCAAAUUUUCACAUCUGGGAUCGUAAACUGUCUGUCGGGGAGAUUUACAAUCUGGCGACUUGCAGCAGCAAAGCACAAGUGGGCAAUGUUUUUGCUUGGAUGGAGACGAGCCUCGACAUUUACGGAGGCGCCUCCAAGUGGACAUUUGAGGCUUGCCGCCAGCUCAACUGAACUUUGCGGGGAAGAGAAGAACGGUGCAGUUGUCAAGAGCCACUGUUGUUGCAGCAACUAAUCUGAACGAUCGGGGGGCGAGAGCAUUUCAAUAAACAGCAUCUGGAUAUGUUAUAGAUAUUUGAAGACAUCAUUUGUGGACACCUCGAUAGAUUUUUAACCAGGUCCUCGCGAGGGACAGCUCACCGGAAGCGGACACAUUGGCAUCCUGUGUUGCUCGAUCGCACGUCAGGCCAACGCUCUCAGUCCAGAGAGCACAGGAAUGUUCUCGGACACUAACACAACGGGCCAGCAUCAACGGUGCAGUCAUGUGGUCUAUAGUGAACGGAUGUCACACUAUUCAACAACAUGACUGACUUCUUCAAACUUCUUUUCUGUCUCGACUGCCAGGGAUUUUCACUGUGAAAAGGGACAAGGUGGACUUCUUUCAGAGGAACGUGCUCUUCAAGAGGUUAUGACGUAGACGACAUUGUUUCUCUCUCACUCUUCUUUCUCUACCACCACCUGCUUGACGUGAUUUAUGUGUAAAAAAUGAUAUAUUUAUUGCCAACAUUGGAGCCUGAGUGCCUUGGGCUGUUGAAAAAAGAAAAAAAUCUCAGCACAUUCGUUAUGAUUUGCAGAGUGUUUUGUGUUUAUUUUCUGUAAAUUAUUUUUCAAAAGAGACGUAUCUCGUAACACUUUUGAAUGAGGAUGGAUUAGAUUGUUUAGUGUAAAAUGCAAUUAACUGAUGAGAAUGGCGCAUUUUUGCAGAUGUUUAUACCUGGUAAUGGUAAUGUUCUCUGUACAGUAACAGCAUGUCUUAACUUCUGUAAAUGCUGCGUCAGCAUCUAUGAUCUUUGCUUUUACCUUCUUACUUUUGGGUUGGGAUUUUAUACUGUAUUGUUAUAUGCUUAAAGCAUGGCGACACCAACAGAUGAAAAAAAGUUCUAGUUUUUGUAAUAAAUUGUCAUACUUGAAUCAUUAA